UGACAUUGGGCCGCGGGAAAGGCCGGGCGACAACAGCCACACGAGCCCGGCCGGCAAGGGGCUCGGACACCGGGGUGUCUCCCCCCCCCACCCCAGGACCGGCCGCCGACACAAAGAGAUGGAAGGCCGGGCCGCGGACGGCUCCUUCUUGGGCGAAGUCGGCUUCUGGGUGGACAGGACACCCGUCCACGAGGCAGCCCAGCAGGGCCAAACCUUGCAGCUGCAGCGUCUGAUAGAGAACGGAGCCUGCGUGAACCUGGUCACCGUGGACUCCAUCACGCCUCUGCAUGAGGCCAGCUUGCGGGGCCAGACCCAGUGUGUGAAGCUGCUGCUCGCGGCUGGAGCUCAGGUGGACGCCCGGAACAUCGACGGCAGCACCCCGCUCUGUGACGCCUGCGCCUCGGGCAGCAUCGAGUGUGUGAAGCUGCUGCUGGCUCACGGGGCCAAGGUCAACCCGCCCCUGUACACCGCCUCCCCGCUGCACGAGGCCUGCAUGAGCGGAAGUUCGGAGUGCGUGAGGCUCCUCAUAGACGUCGGUGCCAACCUGGAAGCCCACGACUGCCACUUCGGGACCCCCCUGCACGUGGCCUGUGCCCGGGAGCACCUGGACUGCGUGAAGGUGUUGCUUAAAGCAGGGGCCAACGUGAACGCGGCAAAACUGCACGAGACGGCCCUGCACCACGCAGCUAAGGUGAAGAAUGUGGAUUUGAUUGAGAUGCUGAUCGAAUUCGGAGGCAACAUCUACGCCAGGGACAACCGAGGGAAGAAGCCUUCCGACUACACCUGGAGCAGCAGCCCGCCUGCAAAAUGCUUUGAGUACUAUGAGAAGACGCCCCUGAGCCUGGCGCAGCACUGCAGAGUCAGCCUGAGGAGAGUCAUGGGCGUUCGCGGGCUGGACAAGAUCUCCAAGCUGAACAUCCCCCCGAGGCUCAUCCACUACCUCUCGUAUGACUGAACCCUGGAGGAGAGGGCAAGGGGCAAGGUCAGCAGCACCCGCCCUCCAUCUGCUUUCGCCUCUCCGGCCCCCGGGCUCAGGCGGGACGGUGACUCUAGUGCACGCGUGGCAUAACUGUGGAACACAGGACCACGCUCCCAUCCCGCUGCCCUCUGAUCAGGGAAAUAAUUUCCAAGGCAAUAAGAAGGUAUGAACUCUUAGCUCUCAAGCUCAGGUCUGGUUAGCCGGUGCUAUUUACUGGGAGCUGCUCUGGGACCCUUGCCCAGUCCAGACCCUGCAGGUGCUAAGAGACGACACUCCCUUGGGCCAGGCCUGCUCCCUUUGGGUCCUUUACUGAAGAGACUUUCGGCCCAGAAGAGCGGGACUCGAGAUGGGCAGAAGGCCCAUGGAGCCUUCAGGACCCUCUUUUCGGCCCCAGGGAGAGAGCUGAGAGAGGCCAGGCUGCAGCCUGAGCCAUUCCUUCAACACCAAGUCUGCCAGUUGUUUGGGCCCCCUCACCUGCUGGGGGCUAGGACCAGGGCCAGAGGGGAGGAUGGCAACCAGUUUGGAGGUAUGACCACUUUUUGGCUUCCACCAGCCCUCUGGGUUUCCUCGUAUGUCAGCCCAGGGGACACUUGCAGGCAGGGCUCACCUAGGCCACAGUGGUGGCCGGUGUCCUGUGGAAGGACAGCUGGCUGUUCAGACAGGCUCCGCUGAGGGCGGUCUCUUGUCCUCAAGUGUUGUUUACCAGGAGAAGACUAUAGUCCUUCAGCAGGCCUCUAGUUCAGUGUUGGAAACCCUCAGCAAAGAAGCCAGAAAGCAGUUUCCCGAGCCGUUCUGACACUAUACCCUCCGGCUACAGCCGGAGGCAUCAGAGCCCCACUGAUCUGUCCCCACCUCAGGUGGCAGGGGGAGUCAGGGACAAUGAAUGGCGAGGCUUUCUGCAGCUGCGGCCUUGGUACCUCAUACUCAGAAACAUCAACGAAGGCUUCAGGUCCUUCUGGGAACCUGGGGGUCCCCUUCUAGGGCCACACAUACCGGUUCUCUGGAGUCACCUAGCAGAUAUCUAGGAAUAAGACUUAAUCGUGCUUGAAGUAUUCAUGUAAAGAUGUGAAGGCAGGGAUGCACUUUAGCAUUUUAAAGCCCGCCUUGCCCGUAGCACUUUUAAACUUAAAUUGCAUUUUGGGCUGCUCGCUGGAGCGCUUGUUGCUCUGCCCCCUCGGAUUUACUGAUUCGUCAGGACUUUAAAGCUAGUAGAGUCCUUGAGAAGAGCCUCACUAACCUUCCCCAGCAGAGGCUGCUGCCGAGCAGUCAGAUGGAUGAGAGCUGGCCGUCCGCUGUAAAGCGACCCCUCCAUCCUUUGACUAGGACAAAGAGUGUUUCUGAUCCAAGAAUCUCUGAAUACAAGCUCUGAAUUGUACGUGAGGAAACAAAACCAAAACACUAAACUUGGUAUGCUAAGCCACCUGUGCCGGCUUCUCUGGGAUUGCUAUUUAAAUUUAAAAAAAACCGGUGGUCGGGGGGUGCCCUGGGAGAGGCCCACCUGUUGCAGAGAUCCCCAUGUUAUGAAGGAAUUGAGAUUGGAACAAUGAGGAGUUACUGAGCAAUAUUCUGGCUGGUGUGUGUACACAUCACACUUCCGCUUUGAUUUGCACAUAAGCACACACCCAUUCUUACCUGUAGACACCCAAACCCACCCCUUUCAGACCUGCCUCCUUAUGCUGGGGUUUGUGGUGGGAAGCAGGGGCAGGGUCCUUUUUCCGUCCUAACCUAACCCUAGGAUGGCCUUGGUUCUCUCUGUGUGUCAGAGCUCACGUUUGACCGCCCUGCCGGGCAGGGGGCAAGGCUGAGCAAGGCCACUUUUUCCCCACAUCUUCUCACGAGCACAAGUUCAGAAACGACUGCUUCCAGAAGGUGUAGACACCCAUGCACUUUGGGGCCGGUUCUGGCCUUGAAAGAGAAGCAGCUGGGGGGGAAGAUGACUUCCCACUCCCAGACCGCAUCUUGGGCUGUGGCUGGCUUCGGGUCGUCCCAGCCCUCCACCCAUCCCCCAUCUACAGAGCGCCCUGCUUCGUUCAAGAACCGGAAUGUCUCUGGGGAGGUCUGUCAACCAGCCUGAGUUAUUGGUGAUCCCAGGAAAUAAUAGUUUUAAAAAGCAACUUUCCUUGCUGUUAGCAUUUCAUCUGCCCUGUUGAAGUUCAUGGUAACUUUGUAUAUAAUAAAAUAGUAUGACCAGAUUA